AUGAAAAGUUCAAGCCAUAACGAUGUUGCGUAUGCGAUGACUCCCUUCAAACUGUUAACGUGGCCCGUCGGCCUUUGGCCACUUCAAGUUUAUAACAUCUAUUCGCUAAUACGAUGUGUCUUGGUCACUUGUUGCAUGAGCAUAAUAGUGAUCUUGCCUUCCAUGGAGUUUCACAUGGGCUGUACUAACACGGAGCAAAAUAUAGACGGUCUCAUGUUAGCCUGUUGCGGUGUACUCGGAGUGGUAAAGACUAUAUGUUUCCGUAUUUACGCGAAAAACUUAACUGACAAUUACAGUUCUGCCCAGAAUGAUUAUUUGACGAUUGAAAACACAAAGUAUCGUGCCAUCAUGCGAAAACACGCCUUUAUGGGAAGAAUUCUCUCCUGUUUUAUGAUGUGCUUCUCUUACAUUAGUGUAACGAUAUAUUCAUUAAUUCCUCUUCUUGGUGAAGAUCUACCUGAUGGUCAAGAUAAUCAGAUUAACGGAACAAAUGAGGACAUUAUAUUGGACUAUCCAAUGCCAUCAAGAUGCGCGUUAGAAUACUUACGUGUCCCAACGAGCAUGUAUGAAUUUAUCUGUAUCUACGAGUUUAUUGUGCUGGUGCUUACGUGUACUUGUAAUCACG